GUGUACAAGUAUGACUUAUUGCAGAAAAGUUGUCUUAAACCGGUUUGUUCAUUAAACCACCAAAUUUCGGUCCGGUUCAGUGAAAUGAUUUUGCUUUUUGGUUUAGACGACGCCGUCUCAAGCUUCCUUUUAUUUUUGGAUUAGGGCACAAUUGACGGAGGAACACAGCGGUUUCUCCUUCUCAAAUCUCUCACAAAAUUUCAGCAAAGGUUUCGACUUUUUUUUAAUUUGGUAGAAGAAGAAGAUGCCACCGUCGGAGGAUGCGAAGGCUAUGAAGAAAAAAGAGGAGGCUGAGGAAGACAAUAAGAGCUUGAGUUCCAUUGUGAAGAAGAAGCCCACGAACGCCAACAAUGCUGGUUCGAAGAAAUUGAAGAAAGAAGAGAGCGAUGAUGAUGAUGAUGAUAACAAACCCAUCAAGUCAUCUGUAUCUGGGUCUCGAGCUAAGCCAGUGAAGAAGAAGGAAGAGAUUGAUAAAGACGAUGAGAAGAAGCCUGUUGCUAAGAGGAAUUCUUCUGUUGGAGCCUCAAAUGAGAAGAAGAAAACAGAGAAAGAAGAAGAAGCAAAGAAAAAGAGAGAAAGAAAAGUAUAUGAUUUGCCUGGUCAGAAGAGAGACCAGCCUGAGGAGAGAGAUCCACUUAGGAUUUUCUAUGAGUCACUUUACAAGCAAAUUCCCACUAGCGACAUGGCUCAGAUUUGGUUGAUGGAGUCUGGAUUGCUUCCAGCUGAAAAAGCAAAGAAAGUUCUUGAGAAGAAACAGCAAAAGGGUGGAAAGUUCAGUUCUCCAGUAAAAUCUGCAGCUUCUACUCCAAGAAGCAACUCCAAAGCAGUGACCAUGAAGAAGAAGGAAGCAAAAAAGUCACCAUCUGAAGCUUUGUCAAACAAAAAGAAGGGGAAUGAUUCGAAACCAACCACGAAGAAGAGGAAGAAGAACUCUGAUGAUGAUGGUGAUGAUGAUGACUCAGAUGAUGAUUUUUUGGCUAGCAGAGUCUCUAAAAAGGCUAGAGCCAAGUAGGUUGAAUUAAAAGACUGAAAUCUCAUUGUGUGAUUUUUAAUCCUAUUUUAAUGAGUCAAUUUGUAGAAUCCUUAACAGGUGAAUUCUUUUAAGAGUAAUGAGAGAGAUGGCAAAUUGUUUCUGAUCUUAUUGUGUGCACUUGUUCUCUAAUUAUUAAGCAAGCUAGAAAAUAAAACUAAGACUUGGUC